UGUGGCGGAAAAAGGUUUGACACGUUUGACCGUUACAAAAGAUUGAUUUCAACGUAACGUUCUUUCAACUCACGUUCAUUCGUAUAUUUUCAAGAAUUUGCAUGAGGUUUUGCAGUCCUCGUGCAAAUUAAAUAAUAUUUCAGACUUAUACUCAGUUUACUGAACACUCUACACGCAAUAAUGUUUUCUACGCCGUCCGCUCGCAUUAAUAACCAAGAGAAUGCUGAUUCAGUUAUGAGAAAACCGCAAUUCAUGAGCGCUAGAAAAGCGUUUCAGGACCGCGGUGUGAACAACAAAGCUAAUCAGUUUCUGAGGAAUACCCCAAUUAAUAAACCCAACCUGAAACCUCUCUGCAUCAUAAAAACACCUGAUGUUAAGCUUCAAGAGAAUCAGGAUGCUCCCAGUUGGAUGACAUCUAUGUCUUUUAAACCUCCAAGAAAUGAAAUGGACAUGAUUCAAUUUAGCUCUUCAAUGUUCAAAGCAAAUAUGUACAGCAGACCACCUACACCACCUCCAAGCCCUCUCAAAGACUUUGAAUUGGACUUUGAGUUGAUGAGAUUGCCACCUACAAUGUUAAAUUUUGAUAACAUUGCAUUUCCCAACAUAGAACCUUCAGCUGAUUUGAUGUUGGAUUCUGAUCUUGAUCUCCUCUUGGAGAAACCACACACUAAUUUUGAUUAUUAGUUGAAACACUGCAAGUAGUUUCAAGUUACUUGACUUUCACAAUGUUUGUGAUUUAAUUAUUAUUAUUAUUUGUACCUUUUUGUAAUGCUAUGUAAUUAAAAUGAGAUGACUGUAAUAUAAAAGGGUUUUCAACUCUUAAUAUAUUUUUACUAAAUA